AUGCCUAGGGCAGCUAUGGAAAUGCAAGCAGAAGCGGAACGUAAAAAAAGGGCUCAAGUUCUGGAGUCGGAAGGAGAGAGGCAAGCAAAUAUAAACAUCGCUGAUGGAAGGAAGAGUUCAGUGAUCCUUGCCUCAGAAGCUGCAAAGAUGGACCAGGUCAACAGAGCACUAGGUGAAGCCGAAGCCAUUCUCUCUAGAGCCCAAGCUACAGCAAAAGGAAUUGCCUUGGUCUCACAAACCCUUAAAGAGCAUGGAGGCGCAGAGGCAGCAAGCUUGAGGAUUGCAGAGCAGUAUAUCCAAGCCUUCAGUAACAUUGCAAAGGAGGGCACAACACUGUUACUUCCUACAAACGCUUCUGAUCCUGCCAGCAUGGUGGCUCAAGCUCUUAACAUAUACAAAAACUUAUCGAGCAAGAUUGCGGGCAGUAACCAACAAUGAGCACUUUAUUAGUGCUGACUCUACUGAUGAAGCUUAGAAGAAGGAUGACUGAGUAUUUUGUCAGACCCAUUGAUAGAGUAGAUUAAUAUUUGAAUUAGCCAUUCUGGAUUAUUUAGCUGUACAUACAUCUAUAAUCUGAGAAGCUCUGGUCA